CCCGCCCCCCUCGCCCUGGCCCCGCCCGCCGUGUGGCCGCCGCUGGACUUCGCCAUGGGCGCGCUGGCGUGCUGCGGCGCCUGCGUGUUCACCAACCCGCUGGAGGUGGUGAAGACGCGGCUGCAGCUCCAGGGCGAGCUGCGGGCGCGCGGCUCCUACCAGCGGCACUACCGCGGCGUGCUGCAGGCGCUCUGGCUGGUGGGCCGCACCGACGGGCUGCGCGGCCUGCAGAAGGGGCUCUCCGCCGGCCUCCUCUACCAGGGCUUCAUGAACGGCGUGCGCCUCGGCUUCUACUCCUAUACCGAGGCCGCCGGCCUCACCGCCGUCCCGGGGGGCAGCCUGAUAGCGGGGGCCACCGCCGGAGCCUUGGGGGCCUUCGUCGCCUCACCCGCCUACCUGGUGAAAACCCACCUGCAAGCCCAGGCGGUGGCGACCAUCGCCGUGGGCCACCAGCACAACCACCAGGGUGUGUCAAGUGCAUUUGCCACCAUAUACCGGCGUGAGGGCGUGGUCGGGCUGUGGAGGGGCGUGAAUGGGGCGGUGCCCAGGGUCAUGGUGGGGUCGGCAUCCCAGCUUGCCACCUUCAGCUCUGCCAAGGACUGGGUCUCACGGUUGCAGUGGUUUAGCCCGAACAGCUGGCUGGUUGCCUUGACAGCUGCUAUGAUCAGCGGGGUUGCUGUGACCAUCACCAUGACGCCGUUCGACGUCAUCAGCACGCGGCUCUACAACCAGCCCGUGGACGAGCUGCACAGGGGCCGCCUGUACCGGGGCUUCCUGGACUGCCUGCUGAAGGUGUGCCAGACGGAGGGGCCCCUGGGCCUGUACAAGGGGAUGGGCCCUGUGUUCUUCCGCUUGGCACCCCACACCAUGCUCAGCAUGCUCUUCUGGGACCUCAUGAGACAGAGGGCCCUUCGCUACUACGACAGCCAGGGGCGGAGCUGAGGGGAAUGCCCAUGAGCUCAGAGGCCAUUGGUUCAGAGAGCAAGCGGGCGGGACUUGGUGUCGGCAUCGCACAAGGGAUUCGUUUUGAGAAAAUGUGGUCUGAGAGGGAGCAAACACUGGACUGACCAAUUCAAAGGAACGGGUGACAAGGGGAUGGUACUACUCAAUUAGUUAAUAAAUACUAGGAUAUUCUUUAGGGUGUGUCUGUACUGUUAAUUAGGGAAGCAAUAAUCACAACAUGGCAUUAUUACACACAAAAGUCAUUGGUUCAGCUUCCAUUGAGAUGUUUGUCAAAAGGCUGAUGUCAUUUGUGUCAGGCUGAAAAACAAUGGACACCCUGUUACCUAGAGUUUGUAUAAGGUGAUAUUCCACUCAGGCAGGACUGUACUGAUUCCAAGGUCCUGCAUGCUGGAGUUAGAUUUGCAAAACUCCAGGUUAUGUUUCAGGUAGAAAGCGCUUACUUUGCAAAAUGGUUAUCUACGAAAAAAAAAGCUGAAUCACAUGUAAAGAAGGAUGAUUUUUUUUGUAGAUCAGUUAUUAACAGUGCGGGAGGGGUGUGAACUAACAUGUUAUGCUGAAGCUGCGAGACAUGAGUGUUAACCCCAAACGUGAAUACACACUGGUUGUUCUGGAACUCAAGGGCACAUGUUAUGGAAAUGCUUUGCUGAACAAGGAUUCAGGGGGAUCGCUGACCGCGUCAGGUCGUGGACUUGAUGAAGAACACUCUUUGACCCUGGACGCUUGUUUUUCAGGGAUAUCCAGGAAGCACAAAUGCUUAUGAAUGUAUUCUCUCGGCACAGGGUACUGUGCUCAUUGAGCUAACACAGUGCCGGGCUGGAAACACG